GCAAACACACUUAAGAGGUCACGUUAAGCUAUCACUAUAAGCACAGCCCCAGGUCGCGUUUCUUUGCAUUUGCUUCACAGGAAAAUGUAACAGGCAGCAGGUAACAGUCCUGCCGUGUGUCCAUCCAGCCGGAGCGGGACCGCCCCGUCCUAUCGACUCGCACUGCCCCUGUGCCUGUGGUUCGCAGCGGCGGUGCAGCCCAGCCCCUGUGGAGGGAGGGGAAGGCUGAUUAACGCCACUUUUAUUGUAUUGUCAUGUUUCACAAGGACUUCAGAAGCUCCCAGACCGCUGGACACCAACGUUUUACGGAUGCACCCAGAGCCUGAGUGCUGAGUUUCCCCCCCUUUAAUCAAACUUCUCUCUUCAGUGUCAUCACACGGCAGGUCCAUUAUGGGUUUUGAUAUUCAGUAUUGAUUUCAUGGGUGAAUCUCUACCUUUGUACUGUUUAUAGUGUUUCUUGGUGCAACUCCUCUUUUCUCCGUCAAGAUGAAGCUUCGAACGGUCCUUGGCGUUAAUGUUGUGGAUGUGCAGAAGAGAAGGAAUCCCUCCAAACACUAUGUGUACCUUAUCAACGUCACUUACUCAGACUCCACUUCCCAUGUCAUCUACAGGAGAUACAGCAAAUUCUUUGGCCUACAGAUGCGAAUUCUUGACAAAUUCCCAAUUGAAGGAGGGCAGAAGGACCCCAAAAAGAGGAUUAUACCUUUUUUGCCAGGUAAAGUGUUGUUUCGCCGAAGUCACAUCAGAGAUGUAGCCGUCAAAAGGCUGAAGCACCUGGAUAAUUACUGCAAAGCUUUGAUGAAGCUUCCCUCCCAUAUUUCUCAAAGUGAGGAGGUUCUUAAGUUCUUUGAGACCAGGUCAGAGGACCUCAACCCUCCCUCAGAAGACUGUGGAGGCUCUGGCAAACAUAAAUCAGGUCUUGAUGCUUCAGACUCCAUGCUCCUGGAUCAAUAUGUGGUGGUGGCCAAUUACGAGAAACAAGAGCCUGCAGAAAUCAGCCUUCAAGCAGGCGAGGUCGUCGACGUCAUUGAAAAGAGUGAGAGUGGUUGGUGGUUUGUUAGCACCACAGAGGAGCAGGGUUGGGUCCCCGCUACCUAUCUGAACUCCCACAGCGGCACACGGGAUGACUUGGAGCUGGGUGCCUCUAAAACUGGGGAAGUUAUUAAGCGACACAAGGCUCAUCUGAAGAGGCUGGACCGGAGAUGGACAUUGGGGGGUGUCAUCAGCAGGCAGCAGAGUCGAGAAGAGAAGUAUGUAACAGUGCAGCCCUAUGCCAGUCAGGGCAAAGAUGAAAUUGCUUUUGAGAAAGGAGUCAUUGUGGAGGUGAUUCAGAAGAACUUAGAAGGCUGGUGGUUUAUCAGGUAUCAGAAUAAAGAAGGCUGGGCUCCAGCCUCUUACCUAAAGAAGGUCAAGGAAGACUUCUCUCCUCGUAAGAAGACUGUUACAGGUCCAGUGGAGAUCAUUGGAAACAUCAUGGAGAUCAGUAACCUGUUGAACAAGAAAACCCUGAGUGAGAAAGAUGUACAGACUGAAGGUGUCCUAGAGAGCCCCCAGGUGACCCGGAAGGAGAUCAGCUUGCCAAUCCCCUGCGCUGACUCUGGCCUUGUCCAUUCCCCACAGGAUGGAAAAGGCAGAGCAGAGCCUGCAUCACCAGCUGUGGCCCGCAUUGCCCCUCAUCGGGUGGAAAUUGGUUCCCCAGUUCUCAGGCAAAAACCUCCUCCUCGAAGAGAUGCAACCCUGGGGUUUCAGUUGCCCUCCCCACCAGAGCCCCCUACAGUUGAAGCAGAGUACUACACUAUUGCAGAGUUCCAGUCUUGUAUAUCUGAUGGUAUCAGUUUCAAUGGAGGACAGAAAGCAGAGGUCAUAGAGAAGAACUCUGGUGGUUGGUGGUAUGUCCAAAUAGGGGAGAAGGAGGGCUGGGCUCCCUGCUCCUACAUCGAUAAGCGUAAAAAGCCCAACCUCAAUCGCAGAACAAGCACUUUGUGCCGUCCUAAAGUUCCACCCCCAGCCCCGCCUGUCAAAAAACAAGACUCCGUGGAGACUGCACCUCCCAGUAGUCCUGGGUCUGAAGCUCCAGAGUCCCCUGUGUCUCCUGGGAGGCCAGUUUAUGAAGAGCCAGAAUAUGAUGUUCCUGCCAUUGGUGAUCUUGACCUGGAGUCUGAGUUUGAGUUUCUGAAGGGAGAAGGUUCCUUGGUAGAUAGAAAGAAUGAGGAUACUUCCUCUGAGAAGGGAUCCCAUGUGUCCUCCAAGCCUUCUCCAGCUUCAUCGCUCCACAGUGCCUCCUUCAAGAUGGGUGAGUCAUUUGAAGAUGGUCAUGAGGCGGAGGGAGAGGACGAGUGUAUUUAUGAAAAUGAAGGCUUCCGACCCUUCAGAGAGACCCCAGAGAGGCAUUGCAGCAGGGACUCAAAUUCCCCCAAGACAGGUGUCCUGUCAGAAACUGGCAAGAUUGCAAACCCAGUAUCAAGUGGAUGGAAACUUGCAGGGAACAAGCUCAAGAUCGACUUGAAUGGGAGUCCAUUUUCAGUCAAAGCUGAGGAGGCAUCAAAUCCUAAGUUUGCUUCCACUGAAUCCACUCCUGAUCUGUUGAGACUUAAGAAAGACCAAGAAGAAAGCAAGGCAUCCCAGAGCAUUAAGUCUUCCUCUAAACUAAAGCCAGUGGUGAGGCCUAAACCACAACUGGCCAAGGCAUCCAGUGCUGAAAAGAUGGACAUCAGCACUUUGAGAAGACAGCUGCGGCCAACAGGGCAGCUGAAGAAUGGCACCAAAAGUAAAGGUGAGGACUGUGAGACAGCUUCAGUCAUCUCCUCUGAGGACUCCUUCUCUUCUCAGAGCACAUCUGAUCUGUCUUCCAUCUAUUCUAAAGGAAGCCGGGGAGACUCGGACCUGGAAGGGUGCAACCUGUAUCGCACCACAGAUCCCUAUGAGAAGGUCCAAGAGUCUGAGCUCAGUUUCCCUGCUGGAGUUGAAGUAGAAGUGCUAGAAAAGCAGGAGAGUGGCUGGUGGUAUAUCCGCUGGAGAGAUUCAGAGGGAUGGGCUCCAACUUAUUACCUGGAGCCUGUCAGGCAACAAGAUGACGUGCUAGAAUCCGAAUCCGAUGGCACACCGACUAAACCUGGAAGCCUCAGCAAGUCCAACAGUCUUGAGAAGAAUGAACAGAGGGUGCAGGCACUGAACAACAUAAACCAAAACCUAAAAAAAGUCACACCACCCAUCCCAUCCAAGCCUCCGGGUGGCUUCUCCAAGCCUAUCAGCUUGUUCAGUUCACAGAAGCAGAAUAGCUCCAAACAGCAACAAGUUGUCAGACCUCAGUCUGUUUUUAUAUCAGCCUCAGUCAGGGAUGGUUGCAGCCCUGUUGGCUCUCUCAGGAGAAACGAGUCCCUCAACUCCACAGACCACCCUCGUGCCAGCCCCACAGUGCGACGAAACGCCUCCUUUGGCACUGUGCCGCGCAGCCUGGCACCAAAUAACAUAGCAUUACCCAACAGGAGCAGAUCCGGUAUGGGUAGCUCUGAAUCCCUUGGCCUCAGCUCUCAGAAGAAUGCCCUUCCUGUAUCCACAGUGAAACCCAAGCCCCACAUCAUCUAUAACAACCUCAGAGAGGUGUAUGUUUCCAUAGCGGACUACCACGGUGAUGAGGAGACCAUGGGAUUUCCUGAGGGGACGAGUCUGGAGGUCCUGGAAAGAAACCCCAAUGGAUGGUGGUACUGCAAGGUUCUGGACAAUGGCAGACCAAGGAAAGGAUGGGUUCCUUCAAAUUACCUCGAGAAAAAACAUUAACACUCGUGGGGCUGGCAUAACUCUGAACAUGCGUGUAAAGACUACUCAAACUGAUGCAUUUAUUUUGUGAAAAAGGCUAAUCCUAAGACUUUAACCUAGGGUUGAAAUCUUACCUGGUACCUUUGCUAAAACUAGCAGCCAGAUCAAAUUGUGACUUUGAAGUGAAAUGAGACAUCUGGUAAAGUGAGUCUACAUGAUGCAGUGCUUUAGACUUUGCAUUAGGAGCAAUAUAUCUGGACUUGACGUGACACAGACAAAGAGAACACCAGACUGAAUUUAUAAAUGAUAUUCCCCAGUGGUUACAUUUAACUUGAAUAAGAUGUUGUUUUUCUGUCCACUCGUCGAACCAUUUUAUAAUGUCAUUUUUAAAAUAUUUAAAGCUUACUGCAUGUUUCAUUAUACUGACGAUGCCUGAGCUGUUGAAAGUAAGCCAUUUUCUUCUCCUUUACUUACAGAAAAUCUCAGUUGUUGCCAAAGCUGCUUCAUGUUAGUCUCAUUUUGGUGCUGUCUGUUUGCAUGUUCUUAUAUCUUUUUAUACUGUAUGUCAUCUUCAUGUGAAAUAUUUUACCCAUUUAACUGUGUAAUAUUGUCCUAAUGAAACAAUUUGUGAGCAUCUCUAAUUAGCAAGGUAUUUUCUUACCCAUAAAUGUAAAAUAAUCAUAUCAAUUUUGUUGUUGUUGUUUUCAUUUCAUAGGCCAAUUGUCCAAAAUUAAACUUCCCUCACAUCAGUGAAAAUUAUAUUUAUUUGUUAUUUUAAAACCAUAUUAGUUAUUUUAUUAUUAUUUACUGAUUUAAAAAAAUCACAAUUGCUUAAACAUGUCUAAGAACUGCUCUAUUAAUGGUGAUAACACUUUGAAUUUCUGCUGGGCAGUAAAUUUGACACACAGGGAUGCUCACUCUUGUUUUAUGUUAACUGUUUGACUAGUGAUGAUUACUGAAGUGCCAU